CCGCGCUGUGUAUGAGCGUGGACCGUGUGGAGCUUUUGCGAACCAAGGCAUUCCCUUCCUUCAAGGGGUGUGGUUAAGGAGCCACCCUCACAAUUCACACUCCCUCUGCUCUCCAGGAAGUGGCCGGGGUGUGGGGAGAGAGACAGACAGAGAGAGAGGGAGAGAGAGAGAGAAGAGAGGCUAGGCGAUUAAUCCAGACCCGGCUCGUCCCCGAAGCUGGGUAGCUCUGUCUUCACCAGCAAACUAACAUACCUCCUCACGUUCCCUUAUCCUCCCAGCAAAUCCCUCCAGCGGACUUUUCCCGUCUGCAUGCUUCUGGACCGCCCAACUCACCCAAGACGAUCCCCACGAAGAAGGGCUUGUAGGGCCGGCUCCCGGACCAGGCUAUCAAGGAAGCACUCUUUGAAAGGAGAUGGCAACCAUGGCCUCUGCGUCACACGGCCCGUAUCCUCGAUCACCGAAUCCUUCCCUGCCACCCUACGGCUCAUCUAUCGUCUCGACGGCGCCUUCGCCCAAGCCGGGUGAACAAUACUUGGGCGGUUCAAUGAGGCGGAACGCGAGCGGUGCGGCUCCCGAUGCGAAAUCGAACCAGGCGCCUCCUCACUCUCGGGGAAUCCCGCCUCCACUGCCUUCAGUACAUCAGCUCCCGCCAACUUCUUUUCAGUCGUAUACGCCCCUUACGUCCACGUCAUCUGCCAUGGAGCGGGACUCCCUGCCGUCGGGCGAGUCGGUGGCCGGCACGCCCCGGCCGUCCCACGCCAGCCUGCCACCCCACGUCGGCAGCAGCGCCCAAGGCCAGAAGCGAGCUUACCGGCAGCGGAGGAAGGACCCCAGCUGCGACGCGUGCCGUGAGCGGAAGGUCAAGUGCGACGCAACCGAGACCGCCAGCUGUUCCGAGUGCUCGAGCCGGGGCGUUAAGUGCCAGUUCACCAAGGAGACCAACCGCCGCAUGUCAUCCAUCAAACAAGUUCAGGAUCUUGAGAAACAGAUGGAGCGGAUCCGGCGCGAGAACAACAGCCUCCGCCGCAUGCUGCAGGAGCGCGAUGGCCGCCGGUUCGAGAUGGACGUGGACGGCGUCGAGCAGCUGCCCCUCCAACUGCCGGACAUCGGACAGCAGCCCAAGCGCAAGAAGCGGCCGGCCAGCAUCCACGACCUCGCAAGGGCAAGGUCCAACAUCAGAAACUUUGCCCGGGGGAUAUGGAAGCCCCCAGCCCCGUACCGACCGCUUGCGGCCCCCGAGCCGCGAGACUUCCGGCAGCUCCUCCCACCCCGGCAGGUCGCCGAGGCGCUGUUGCGGUCCUAUUACACCUCGAUCCACUCCAUGACGCCCAUCCUCCACUGGAACACCUUCACCCAGACGGUUGACGGUAUGUACCGGCCGGGGAACCCGCUUCGCGUGUCCAAGGCCUUCGCGUCCGUCUUGUUUGCCGUCAUGGCCGUCGGGCGGCUCUUCACGGCAGAGGACAGCCAGAACGGCGCGCAUACGGCCACCCAGCUGCUCGAGGCGACGCAGACGCUGAUCGACCCCUGGAUCAACGAAUACGAGCUGGACCACGCGCGCGCGCUGGUGCUGGUCACCAUAGCCCUGAACGAGCUCAACCUCAAAUCGGCCGCGUGGAGCUGGCUGGGCCGCGCGGUCAGGGUGGCCCAGGACUUGGGUCUCUACACCGAGCCGGCGACGGCGUCGUUCGUGGAGGCCGAGAUGCGCAGGAGGACGUGGUGGACCGUGUACAUUCUCGACCGGAGUCUCGCCCUCGAGCUGGGGAGGCCGAUGCUCAUCGACGAUUCGGACUGCGACGUCUCGCUACCCGCAGCUGUCGACGACCACCACCUUUCGGAACGCGGCCAGAGACUCCCCGACGGCGCCGAAGGGCUCACCAACUCCCUCCUCGCCAUCGUCAAUGUCGUGCGCUCGUACACGGCGCUGAGCAGGACUCUCGCCUCGCCCGUCAUUGCCCCGACCCGUCUCGCCACGUUCGAUCAGCACUUGGCCUCGUGCUGGCGCGCCUUCCCGCCAGCCUGCAACCCAACGAGUACCGCGACGCUGAUGCCCAGCUUUCUGAACCCCGUCAUCUACCUCCUCCACGCCCGGCUGCUCCUGCACCGGCACAAUCUCCUCCCGUCGUGCCCCCCCGACGUCCGACUGAUCGCCGUCGAGCAGUGCAUGCACGUUGCGCUGGACACCGCAUCUCUCCUCUCCCGCACGCCAACGCCCGCGCUCGCCGAGGGUGCCACGGCGCUCCUUACCACCCACACCUUCCGCUGCGCCCUCUUCUUGCUCCUGACGGGAUGCUUCGACCAGGCGUCCGAGUGCAUCCGCGUCCUCGCCGCCAUCAACAACCACCGCGAGGUCGCCGUGCCAUGUGGCCGCUACCUCGCCUUCUUCGUCUCGGCACUCGCCUCCCGGCGCGCCGAAAUCGUUGCCUAUCUGUCCCAAGCGGCCGCGGCCGCGUCCGGCCAUUCCGCAUCGCCUUACGGACCGCCACCGCACCACCGACCUUCGGCCGCCGCGGUGCGCGACGCCCUCCUGCGCGACGAAGAGCUGCUCGCCUACGUCAGCGCCGACCUCCAGGCCGGGCUGGAUACCGCGUGGGUGUGGUCGGGGAGCAGCGAGCGCGAAGAACCGGGGCCGGCGCCCGCGGCCGGGAAGCACGACCUGUUUGACGACGAAGGCAGGUCCGGUCUGACCCUCGAGGAGAGGUGGGAAUGGGGCCCCGGGAUGGCGGGUUGGGAGAGGUUGGAGAGCUCAAUGAGGAUGCUGGCGAGCGGUGAUACGGGCGGCGCGACGACGCACAUGCCCACGGCACCGCCGUCGACGUCGCUGCCGAAACCGCCGCCGCCGCCGCCGCCGCAGCAGCAGCAGCAGCAACAACAACACCACCAGCAACAACACCAGGGGUGGAACGCGGUUUCUGCUCCUCUUGCUACUGCUACUACCGCUGCCGCUCCUGCUCCUGCUCCGCCACUACCGCCACCGCCCCAAACAUUGCCUCCUGUCCUACCACCGCACCAUCAGCACCAACACCAGCCCCAGCAGCAGGAGAGGGGAAUCAAGAUGGAGGCGGGCGGACAGGACGCGCGGGUUGAAAUGGCAACGCUGCCGCCGAUGGUGGUGCCCGGGUCAAGACCGAAUCUGGGCUGCGCAUCGGGCAGCCCCGCGGCUGGGGUGAGCGCGAAGAGCAAGAGUCAAGAGCGGAUAAGCAUCGCGAACAUUAUUUGAGCACCGGGGCGUCUAGGAGAGCCGAGCAGGCUGAUUCUGUAUUCUUCUUUUGUUUUUUUUUUUUUUCCUUUUUCACCCGCAGGAGCGGCGGAGGAAGGAACAUGCGAUGGGAGGCCAAUAGAUGAAUGGACAGGGGAAGAUGGGAACAGGCUUUUUGUCUGGAGGAGAGGUCGGUGAAGGAGGUUUAGAAAAGGGCCACGAAAAUGGGUUUCAGGGCGCGAGAAUACCACGAGCCGUUACGACACACCUAUCACCAACCAUCACACAACCACGCCAUCGCAUAUCCGCUCAAGAACGCCAUGCAUCAUACUCCCAU